AUGACAAGCGUGCAAUAUGGCCACUCGCAUGGCGACCUGCAUGACGACGAAUCACUCCUGGAUGAUGACCUGAUCGAUGCCGAGGAUGCUAUCGAAGCCGAUGACCCCCUGCACGAGACAUCCGAUACAGCCCCUCUCCGAGGCAACAUUGAAAACGACUCCAGCGCACGAGGUGGCGGUCGAUCUGGCUACGGAAAUUAUCUGACCUCCUCUAUUCCCGGUGAAGACCGUCGCGCGACGCAGAAUACCAUCGAUGAGAGCGUCUGGGCUACCUUGUCUCGCGACCUGGUCGCCGUCUGGGAGAAGAUGCGUCAGGUCUUGUGGCCCAAAUAUCUGCUCGGAGGAAUGAUGCAACGCGGUGGUGGUGGAAUUGGUGGCGCUGCUGAGAGGGGUGAGGUUUCUGGAUUCGGUCAUAACCUGCGCGGGAUCGUUGGACGCUGGCCGGAUGCCGAUGUUGUUCUACAGGGUGGGAUGAGCGAUGGGCUUCGCGACUGGGAUCUUUGGGGUCCUUUGAUCUUUUGCUUGGUGCUGAGUUUAUUCCUGUCUGUCGCGAAGGGAGACCAAGCAUCGGUUGUUUUCUCGGGCGUUUUCUGCAUUGUUUGGAUGGGAGAAGCAGCUGUGACUCUCCAAAUUAAGCUUCUUGGUGGUAAAAUCUCCUUUUUCCAGUCAAUUUGCAUUAUCGGUUACACUCUGUUCCCAUUGGUCAUCGCUGCUCUCCUUAGCGCUGUGGGUCUGCCUACAAUUGCCAGAAUACCCGUCUAUCUUGUUCUUGUGGCUUGGUCAUUAGCAGCAGGAGUGAGUAUCUUGGGAGGCUCGGGUGUUUUGCGAAACCGAGUUGGCAUUGCCGUAUACCCUCUAUUUGUGUUUUACAUUUCGAUUGGAUGUCUCUGUUUCAUUAGCUAG